AUGUCGCUUCACUACAUCCCGCUCUCAAUCCCCUCGAUGCUGGCGUUCGCCGCGCUCCUUUGCUUCACGCACGCGUCCUCCCUGCCGAUGGCAUCGAUCAUGGCUUCUCCUCAAGCGAAAUCCGGGCUCACUGAGCCCGCAAGUGCCGAGUCUUACGCUUCUCCGCACGUCACCGUGCUCUACGAGGAAAAUGUUGAUUUCGCAAACCUCGCCUUCGACUCGCUCUCGCUCUUCUACGAGACUGAGUCGACCCGCUCGACGUGCUCUGCAUCGGCCGCUGGCACUCCCUACGCUUCUUCGAUCGCCGACAGCAGCAUCGGCCUCAACACCCACCACACGUUUGGGUUCGCACUCGGCGGCUACGGCCACUUGGUGACGGGAUCCAAGUACGGCGCCGGCAGCAACGCCUACGCCACGACAUACACCGACGCCUUCGAGCGGUAUGAUCCCGCCUCGGGUCAGUGGAGCGGUCUCGGCCCCUUCCCUGGCGGCGCGCGCAGCUACGCGAUCGGCGACGUUCAUCCCUCGCUCGCGUCGGUCUACUUUGGAUUUGGCAGAUCGGCGACGGUCAUCUUUCGCGACCUGUGGCGAUACGACGGCACCUCGUGGACGCAGCUUGCCUCCUGCCCACCGGGGUGCGAGCGAUUCCACCCCGCGUUCGUCGCGCUGCAGACGAAGGUCUUUGUGGCGGCGGGCUCUAGCUAUGGCGGAAACUUGAAGAGCGCGUGGGCGUACGACAUUGCGCGGGACGAGUGGGAGCAGCUGCCCGACCUGCCCGGCAUGGCGCGUCACCAUCCCUACCAGUUCCUCGCCGCGGGGCAACCGCACGUGUUCGGCGGUCACGGCAACGGGAUCUACCGCGAUUUGUACCGCUGGACGCUCAACGCUGGCACGGGCAGUUGGGAGCGGCAGGUGACGCUGCGGGCCUCGCUGCCCUCCGGCGCUGAGGGCCGCGUAGCGGGCACGCAGUUCAGCGCGGGCGGCAGCGGCUACGUCCUCUCCGGCGACGGGCAGGACCACCGCUCGAUGGUGCAGGGCGAGUUCUGGCGGUACAACGCGGGCACCGACUCGUGGGAGCAGCUCCCUUCCCACCCAGGCGCCUCCCGGCCCGCGCGCGCCGUUGCGCGCGCCUCGCGCUGGGCGCCCGCUUCCUUUGUGCUCGGCGGCUUCGUGUACUUGUACAACGGGCUCGAACGGCUGCCAGGCGAGGACCCCUUCUAUCCAACCACGGCCUACCGCUUCCAGCUCCCGCUCUAG